AUGCUGCUCUUCCAGGCUCUUCAGCGCCUCAGCCAGUCCCAGGGCUCAGAAGCUCAUUUGCGGCUCAUCCGUAGCAACCGGCCAAGUUCUGAAGGUCGAGCUUCACUGGGCCGACGAGAGAGGCCUUGGGCUGCGAAUUCCAGCCCUAUUUUUACUGUCGCCUCGCAGAAAGACCAAGCGAGAGAGGGCAUUCCGGUGCGCAUGCAAGUCGAAGCAAGCGAUGGACUUUUGUCGACUUGCAUGGCAUGGCCUCUCGGAAUCGCCGAUAUUAUAGUCGCCGGGCACAUUAUCCAGCCUGCCGUCAUUCUAAUCCUUACCCGCAUCCUACACCUUGCAUCUGCCAGCGAUCCCCCAGUCUGGCAUCUUCGCCAAGGACGCCUUCAACCGACAGCUGCGUACAUCGGCAACGACAUUGCAUCUGCGACAUUUGGACAUCUGAUUCGUACCUCAUUCGUCGAAGCCGGUAUUCGACGAGAAGCUCCGUUGCGUCCUACACUUUCGACCACGAUCUCCUCGCAAGCUCAAGCGUCUCAUCAGCCUCAGUGGCCCCCUUCACAACCCGAGUCGUCGAGUUCACUCGCGCAGCAGCCCAUCUCCCAUCCUCAGCCAGCUCCCAUCGCCUGGAACACUGGUCAACUUCCCUCCGUCUUUGAGGAGACCGAUCUGGUCGAGUCGGCGUCCUCCUCCGCCACCGGGUCACGCCAGGGUACCGAAUCCAGCACCGCGUCACCCCUGCUUCUCAACGACGGCUUCUUGCUCUCGCAGUCUCGCCGACGCUUCACCAACCCAAAUCCAGACGCCGGCCACAUCAACCGUCCCACCCAGCGUCUCAGCUUUGGUGCGUUGCCAUCUCCUCACCUGGCACCGGACAACUUCCACCACUUCUCCACCGCUGGGCUCGCCGUUCCUGAUCGCGGAGACGCACUUCGGCGGCCCCGUUCCCCCGUAGUCCUGGACGCCCUUCGCAUCAUGAACGCUGCCCAAGCCCAAGGGCAACACGUCUCCCAGCAGCCACGCUUCGACAUGCCCUUGAACGUGUCUGCAGGUAUGCAGCCUUUCCAGUACCCGACCCAGGGACAGCAGCAGCAAGAGCAGCAGCAGCAACAGCAUCAGCAGCAGCAACAGCAACAAGAAUUGCUUCACCAGCAGCAGCAACAACAACAGCAGCAGCAGCAGCAGCAGCAAAGCGCCCAGUCUACGCUCCCUUCGCCAGUUUCAGCGCAUCCGACGGACUCAAAGCUGCCCUUGCUCUACGCCCAGUCCCAGAAUCCCGGCGCAAUGGCCCAGCAGGCGUCUCAGAACGAAGCGAUGCAGCUGAACCAUGUCGGACAGGAGCAGCAGCACUCUGCAUCCACGGCGGAAAGUGCGGUCUCGGGUCAGCAGCAACAGCAGCCGCAGACGCCCUCCACACCGCAGCAGGCGCAACCACCCCAAGCUCAACAGUCGUACUCGACCAUGCCUUCCCCAAUGCAGCAGCAAGUAGAGGCGCAACACAUGCAAAUGCCGGAACAGCUCUUGCAGCCCAUGCAUCUGAGUUCUCACCACACCCCACAAUCCGCGCAGCUGCAGCAGUCUCAAUUGUCCAACGCUCAGCAGGCCACCCCGGAUGCCGCGAUGCCGAUGCACUUGGCUCAACCAGGACAUGCAGCGCAGCCCGCGCAAGCGAUGCCGCAGGGCACACCUGUCUCGAGUGCUGCAGGCUUUGGCGGUGCGAUUCAAAGACCCUCGAUGUCCUCUCAUCAACGCUCCCUGUCGCUGGGCUUGCAUCUGCAUCAACUCGGAUCUCAGCCAAUGCCUCAGCAGUCCAUGCCGGCCUCGGCCGAGUCUUUGCAAUCACUCGGAUGGCCCGCUGCUCCCCCGCAGAACGAGAUGCUCAUGUCCAGCGCACCGAUGCAGCCUGCGGAACGCUUCAAUCCGGGUCAUCAGCGAGCCGCAUCGCACAGCAUGGGUCCAAAUUCCGCCAUCACCAUGCAGACGCUCGCCAUGAACAUGAGUCCCAUGUCGGUCGCACCGAUGGCCUCUCAGGCGCAGACACCGGCCAGCUCGCAAGCCCAGGCGCAGGCUCAGGCUCAUGCGCAAGCCCAAAUGCAAGCACACGCGCAGCUGCAAGCACACGCACAGGCUCAAGCACAGGCACAAGCACAGGCACAAGCACAGGCACAAGCACAAGCACAGGCGCAGGCUCAGGCUCACGCGCAUGCUCAGAUGCAAGCCCAUGCACAGGCGCAGGCUCAGGCUCAGGCCCAAGCCCAAGCACAGGCGCAAGCCCAAGCACAGGCGCAAGCCCAAGCCCAAGCCCAAGCCCAAGCCCAGGCGCAGAUGCAAGCGCAUCUCCAAGCACAGAGCCAGCAGGCACAGGCUGAAGCGCAGGCUGCAGCUGCUCGUGCAGCAUCAGGGCCCGCGAGCCAGAUGACGCAGGAACACGUCGACUACAUCGACCAGAUUGCGAAGCUGCUCGAUGAUGUCGUUCUUCAAGCAAACGCGGCUCGUGAAUCGUUCCACAACGGAGAUGGCAUGCUGAGCAAUCGCUGCCUCGGAGACCUUCAAAAGGACCUGCAGCAUAUUCACCACCUCUCGCACCAAAAGCUGCCCAACACCGCUGCGGUGCCCGUCUCGGCAGUUCCGCAGUCCUCGGAAGGCUCGACGCAAGGCGGCUUCCCUGCGCAACCCAUGCAAGCCUCUCACCCGCCUCAACCCACUCAGCCAGGUCCUAUGCCCCUCUUGUCGCUGGAGCAGGGACUUGCACAAUCACAGCAGCAGCAACAACAGCCCACGCAGCAGCAGCAACAGCAGCAGCAGAGGCACCGAUCGCACAGUCAGCAGCAGCAUGACGCGUCCGUGCCUAACAACUUGACCCUCAGCCAAAUGCAGGAUCUUGGCUCGACGCAGCAGCAGCAACAGCAGCAGCACCAGCAGCAAACGGUGGACAUGAGCGACUACAGUCAAAGUGGACAGGUCAGUCCUGUGGUUCGCAAGAGACCGGUUCAGUCCGACAGCGACUUGGCCGAACAGCCAUCAAAGUCGCAUCGCUCGGAAAAUGCUACGCCAGUGCAGCCACCUGCAGCCCCACCCUCGGCACCUCCGACAGUUUCCGGCGCGUCUAUGACUCUGUCGCAGGCCCAAGUCCCCAUGCCUGCCCAGAGUGCUCCGCCGGCCCAGAUGGCAAACGGCAUGCCCGGCGGCGUAUCGCAUGCCUUGCUCGCCAAUGUGACGUCUCUGCCCAACGGAACGCAGUCGCUCAACGCAUCGCCCACAACGCCGCAAAACGGCUUCGAGUUCUCUCAGGCACAGGCACUGCCAGGCAAUGCAGUUGCACAGUCCAUGCCCUCCAGCCCGUCUUUGCACCAGCACCGACAUGCGCGCGGAGGCUCGCUGCAGGACGCCAUGACGAUGUCCGCUCCCAUCGCGCAGAGCCUGGGCAACUCUGAGGUCCAACAUUUCGGAGAACGCUCGCAGUCCAAAAUCUCACGCAGCGCACUGCAGAUGUCGGCCAUUUCCAGCUCCAACACCUCUUAUAACCAGUCGGCCGUCGACUCGGGGCCUUCGUCGCCCGACGACUCGUUCAGCAAUGGCGAGGAGAGUGGUGACGAAGGCAACCCGGCCGACGAGACCGGGCAACAGCGCCGCCUAACCAAGCACCGUCGUCACCGCAGCAGUGGCUUCUUUUCGAGCGGCGCGUCAUUCGAUUUCGGGGCGCCCGAAGAGAACGGAGGCGGAGACUCCUCUGCAGCCAACGGGGACAAGAAUGCGCCAACCACGGCCCUCUCUCCCGAGCUGCGCAGCAAGCUGGAGUCGAUCUUCCACAAGUUCCUCACGGCCGUAUGCUCGGACCUGGAGAUCACCGACGACAGGGGCGAGCUUCUGCACCAGACGCUGAUGCCGAAGAAGAUGGCCAGGCUGGAUGAGUCGCCCGACUUUCGUCCGUUCAAGUUCCGUAUCCAGGCCUUCACCAAUGCCUUCCAGGCAGAGGUGUACCGCAAUGGCAUCAGCGAGUCCGAUUGCUCGAUCAAGAAGAUCAAGCAGUUCCUCUGGACGCAGCCCUAUAUCUCGCGCUUCAACGAGGACGGCAAGAAGGCCAAGUCCAAGGGCAACCACAUCUGGAUCGUCGAGGCCAAGAAGAUCCCCGAGGGUGGAUGGGAAUUCCGCGAGUUCACCCGCAAGAUCGCUGGCGCCCCCGAAAAGAUCGCAUACGUGGGCCUCAAGUGGACCUGGCCUCUCAAGGUGUGGGAUCCUCAAGCAUCGUCGACGAGCAUCAAGGCGGUCUUCUCGUGCAACCAGGUACCUUCUUGGAUCCAAUGGGAGGAGAACAACAGAGUCCUCUCCGGAACACCGACGGCGGGCAGCGAAAGCGGCGAGGUGAGCGUCACCGCUCACUAUGUCAAUGGAGGCCAGCUUCACCAGCUCCAGCAUUCGUUCUACCUGCAAGUUGCCUCGAUCGCCGCCGACGAGCUGCAGGCCAAUGAUGGAGGCCCAGCCGCCAGCACCGGUGCCCUCGCGGCCGAGCAUGCAUCCGGCAUCAACUCGGCUCCUUCCGAACCGAGCAUGGACGUCAUGACGGGCAGUAUGCCUCCGGCCCAUGGCGUUGCACCGAUGCUUCCGCAACCGAUACAUCCUGGCUUGCCCCCGCCCGGCCACGCGUUCAUCAACGGGCAGCCGCCGGCCAACUUUCCAAGCGAAUCGAUCAACCACCAGAUCGUGGAGCCUUCGAAGGUGCCUGCCGUGUUGAACGCGAUCGCGUUCCCCUUCACGCCUCCCGUGCACGCCGAUACGCGUCCGCAGUACUUCCAGUCGCUUGUCAACGAGGCUGCGAUGCUCACGCCGCAGCUUUCGGACGUACCCGGCGCCAACGCUGAGGCCGGUCGAUCGAACUCUCAGUUGUCCUCUGCCUUGGCGUCGCCGAUGCCGCCGCAACUGAACCACAGCCCAUUCCCGGCUGGUGCGGGUGAGCAGCUGCUCGGUGCGCCGGCGCUGCAGGCUCCAGCCUCGUCGCAGGCACUCCAGCAGCAGCUGCAGUCGGGCUUGUCGAUGCCGCCGCAGUCCGCACCCUUGGCUGCGUCGCAUCUCGAAUCGCAGCCGCCCAACGGCAAGGCGUCGAGCGAGGAGAUCCAGGUGCACCAGGUGCGCAGUCUGAUUGAACGCAAGCAGCAGGCGCAGGCGGCCAACUUUAUGCUGUCGAUCCCGUCGCGCAAAGCGGCCAUCGCCGCCGAUGCGGCGCGGCCAACGUCGGGGCAGACAACGCCCAUGUCUUCGAUGCCUUCGGACAUGGUAGCGCAGCUGCCAGCGCUGAGCUCGAUGCCUGCGAACGAGUCGAUGUCGAGCGGACUGGCGCCGAACGCGACCAACGGUGAAGCGACCCUCUCUCCCGCCCUCAACGUGGGUUUCGACGCUCUCGGCGAGGCUGGCAUGCAGCUUGGACUGCAGAAUGAGCAGGCAGCUCAGAUGCAGUCGGGCCAGCAGCACGGCGGAAACCACGCUUGA